AUGGACAUUCCAGGCGGUAAAAAACAACAUUUUCGACACCUUCUUUACUUCGCCUUUCGCCGAGGUCAAAAAGCCACCGAAGCUGCUCGGGAUAUUUGCGCCGUGUAUGGAGAGGAUACUAUAACUGCGAGGACUGCUCGAAAUUGGUUUGCCAAAUUCAAAAAUGGCAAUUUCGACCUGGACGACUCUCUCCGCUCUGGUCGACCUUCUGACUUCGACGAGGAUAGUCUCAAAGCGCUUUUGAAGGAAGACGGCCGUCGAUCAAGUCGGGAAUUGGCCGAGAAGAUGUACUGCGACCAAAAGACAAUUUUGAACCAUCUUCACUCAAACAAAGAAAAUCGCCUUCAAAUCGCAGCCCAACAUCUCGCCCGACACCGGGCAACAAGGAAGCAAAGGAAGGAAUGGGUGGCUCCAGGAGGCACGCCAAAACCAAGAGCGAAGCAAGACCUUCAUCCCAAGAAGACUAUGAUCUGCGUUUGGUGGGAUUGGGAGGGUCUGGUGCAUUGGGAAAUGCUGGAGAAGAACAAGACGGUCGAGAAAAAUCUCUAUAUAGCCCAGCUUCAUCGAGUAAAAGAGGCUAUUCAACUGAAAAGACCUCAUCGACGAGGCCAAGUCAUCCUGCUUCACGACAACGCACGGCCUCAUACAGCAAACAUCGUCAAAGCCGCCCUCCAAGAGCUCGAUUGGGAAGUCCUUCAGCACCCACCGUACUCUCCGGACCUUGCCCCAACAGAUUAUCACCUUUUCCGCUCGCUGUCGAACCAAAUGCGAGGUGUUACCUUCGACAACAACGAGGACCUCGAAAAUUGGCUCAACAACUUCUUCGAGUCCAGGCCCGGCGGUUUUUGGCAAAACGGUAUUAACAAGUUGGUCGAGAGGUGGGAGCAGGUCGUAAACAAUGACGGAGAAUACAUAAUUGAUUAA